GAAACGGGGUUAAGCGUAAGGACGUUUUACGACACCAAAGCUCAGUUUACAGCUAAACAUGGCAGCGUUCGGAGGUAGUUUUGAAAGCGCUAACAACAUCAAGGAUAAGAAGGAAUAUAAGCGUAAAGCAAGACAAGAGGUUCUUGAAAAGGCCAAGCAGCAGUAUGAGAAGGAGGAGAGGAAGAAGGAACUGAAGAGGCAGAGAGGAGAGGACACCUGGAUGCUCCCUGAAGUGGACCUCAGACUGCAGGAGAUAGAGCAGGAGGUCUCCGGAAAGGGCAAGAAGAAGAAAGAGAAGAAGUCGAAAAAGAGCAAGAAGGAGAAGAAGAAAAAGGGGAAAAAGGAGAAGAAGAGCGCAGUGGGGGGCGAUGUGUCCAGCAACAGCUCAGCGGGUUCUGAGGACGAGUGGGUGGAGUCUCAGUCCCAGACGGAGGCCCCAGUCAAAGCCUGGAAGAUUCCUACUGACACCAAGCCCACAGAGAGCACCUCUAUCCCAGCCACAAACAACCAGAGAGAUGAAUGGAUGACCUUUGACUUCCUGACAAUGAAAACCACGUCCACCUCUGAGAAGAGGGCGGAAAAGGAGAGGCAGAAAGAGGAGCAAAGAGAGAAGGAACGCCUUGUGGAACAGGCUGGCCUACACAAGUUAGAGCUGAACCCCUUCUGGAAGGACGGGGGUAGCGGUCUUCCCACGGAGGCCAAUACCAACACUGCGGUACAGAAAGCUGCGGUCGUAGAUGACGGGGGACUGAGCUGGUUGAGGAAGAGCUACCAGAGGAUGAAGGAGCAGGCAGACAGAGAGCAGCGCAGCCUGGACGCCGUGGUGUCCGAGAGAUAUGGCUCCAUGGAACAAUUUCAAAAGAGGCUGGAUGAGGCUGAGAGAGCGGUUUAUGGAGAGAGGAGAGGAGAGGGGGAGGGGAUGUGGAGAGGGGGAAGAGGGGGGUGGAGGAGAGGAGGAGGAGAGGGGAUGCAGAGAGGGGGAAGAGGGGGAUGGAGGAGAGGAGAUGACGAGGGAAUGGGCAAAGAGAGGUGGAGGAGAAGAGAGGGAGAUGGGAUAGACGGAGAGAGUUGGAGGAGACCGAAUGUGGAGCGUGGCUUUCCGGCUAGGGAUGAAGAGAGGGAUGGCAGAAGAGAGGAGAGAGGGAGGGAGAGGGAUAGAGAGAGUCAAGGGCAGAGAGAUGUGGAGCGUGAUAGAGGUUGUGAUGGGGAGAGAGAGAGGGAGAGAUACAGGGAUAGAGAAAGAGAGAGGUUUGGAGACAGAGAGAGGGAUAGAGACAGAGAAAGAGAGAGGGAUGGAGACAGAGAAAGAGAGAGGGAUGGAGAAAGAGAGAGAGAUAGAGACAGAGAAAGAGAGAGGGAUGGAGACAGAGAAAGAGAGAGGGAUGGAGAUAGAGAGAGGGAUAGAGACAGAGAUGGAGAGAGAGACCGUGACAGACCCAGGGGAGCUCCAGGGAGGCCCCAGCACAAGGACCGCCAAGCCCACCGAGAGGGCUCCUCUCCUGGGUCGGGCCGGUCCCAAAUGCCCCUCUCCCUUGGAUCUCUGAAAAGCCGCUUCCUCAAACCCUGUGAGGAUGAGGAUGAUGAGAGAGGUCCAGCCCCAGCUUCCACCAAACCCCCUGCCACCUUCCUCAAACCCAGCUCCGAUGAUGAGGCUCCAGAUCAGAGGACAGCCAGAGCAGCCUGGAUGAAGGGCGGCUCAAGGCAGGAGCCUGUUCCUGGAGAACCAGACCAGGAGCAAGCCACACCCUCUCCAGACGAAGAUCCACGUGACAGCAAAGCAGCUGUGGCCUCACCCAGGUCAGAGCCCUGCUCACUCACGUCCUCCCUAUGCCCCGCCCCCAGGUCAGAGAGUGAGAGUGAGGAAGAGGAGGUGCCGCUGCUGUCAGAUGAGGAGAUGAACAGAUUGGGGGCCAAGCUGGUCAAGGCGGAGAUCAUGGGCAACACGGCUCUGGUGGAUAAACUGAAGCUGCAGCUGGAGUCGGCUCGUAAAGCCAGAGAGAACCACCACGCACGGAGAGCUGCGAUGGUCGAUAAGGUGAGGGAGGGAUAG